GCCUUGAUAGAAAAAUCUUCUCCAUUUUCUCACCCCACAGCCAACCAACAAAACAGUCUUGCUUUCAGACUUUGUGCUCCCAUUUUCCCCUUCCUUUCCCAUCGCCACUUUCAAAACAAAAGGGGACUCAUCAGAUAGCAAAUUCAGCAGAAUGUCAACCAAAAUGAUGCUAAUGGCCAACUCCCUAACACACGUCUGUCCUCUCACUUGUGCCGCCGCCGCCGGUUCACGGCUAGUGCCACAACCACCAGACCUCAUCAAAUGGGUCAAAAGCGAAGGUGGGUUUGUUCACAAAUCCGUACAAAUAUCACAAGGAGACUCCUUUGGCCUUGGCUUAGUUGCUUCUGAGGAUAUCCCAAAAGGGUCUGAUAUUAUUUCCCUUCCUCAACAUAUUCCCCUCAAAUUUGGGUCUUUAGAAGCAGAAACUUCACUUGAUGCUGGUGCCCAUUCUGCUUUGAUAAAAUUAGCUCAACAUGUUCCUGAGGAGCUGUGGGCCAUGAAAUUGGGUUUGAAGCUUCUGCAAGAGAGAGCAAAAAAAGGUUCCUUCUGGUGGCCGUACAUCAGCAAUCUCCCAGAGACUUACACAGUGCCGAUUUUCUUUCCUGGCGAGGAUAUAAAGAACUUGCAGUAUGCCCCUCUUCUUUACCAGGUGAACAAAAGAUGCCGGUUUUUACUGGAAUUUGAUAAAAUUCUGAAACAUGAACUUGAAAAUCUUAAACCUGAUGAUCAUCCUUUUGGUGGCCAACAUGUGGAAUCAUCUGCUCUAGGAUGGGCUAUGUCAGCUGUUUCAUCUCGAGCAUUCCGGUUGCAUGGCAGUAAACGUCCUGAUGGUACCCGCAGUAAUGUUCCUAUGAUGCUUCCACUUAUUGAUAUGUGCAACCACAGCUUUGAUCCAAAUGCUGAGAUUGUACAGGAAGAAGAGAACCGCAAUAGGAAUAUGCUUGUAAAGGUGGUUGCAGGAAGGCAGAUAAAGCAAAAUGAUCCGUUGCUACUCAACUAUGGCUGUUUAAGUAGUGAUCUUUUUCUUCUAGACUAUGGAUUUGUCAUUCCAUCAAACCCCUACGACUGCAUUGAACUUAAAUACGAUGGUGCUCUUCUUGAUGCUGCGAGUAUGGCUGCUGGGGUUUCAUCCCCAAAAUUCUCUUCACCGUCUCCAUUGCGGCAGCAGAUUUUAUCACAUUUAAAUCUAGACGGACAAAACUCCGAUCUGAAGGUGACACUAGGAGGUGGAGAGCUAGUAGAGGGGCGAUUAUUAGCAGCAUUGAGAGUUGUCCUAUCAGAUGAUGAGGAAGCAGUGCAGCAGCACGACUUGGAGAUGCUCAAAUCAUUGACAGUCGAAGCCCCUCUGGGAAUAUCAACUGAAGUAGCUGCUCUUCGUACCAUUGUCGCAUUGUGCGUAAUUGCACUUGGACACUUCCCAACCAAAAUCAUGGAGGACGAGUCAUUGCUGAAGCAAAAUGUUUCUCCUACUACUGAGUUGGCUAUCCAGUUCAGAAUACAAAAGAAAUCCCUCAUUGUGGAUGUUAUGAGAGAUCUUAGCAAGAGGGUAAAGUUACUCCUUGCCAAGGAAUCUGCCCCAUAAAAGAACUAAGGGCAACAACUUGCUCACAUAGAUCUUCUGCCUGCUUCUUCUGGCAUUUUGGGGAUGCCAUAUUCAGUUUUACCUUCACCAAUUUUGGAAAUUGUAGUGAUUAAUUAUGGUAUCUAUUUAUUUAUUUUUUUUUUAAAUGACAGGCAGAGAUUAGAUCAUGAACAAGAUCUUCGAUUUACCUAUUUUUCCUUCAUAAGUUAUGCAUUUUGAAGUGAUAUGUAGUAUCACUUUGCUAAA